AUGCGCCUGUCUUCGCAGUCUGAUGGUGAUGAAGCGACUGGAAAAGGUUUAUUACCUUCACGAUGGAUAUUUUCAUCAUUGUUGUCACGAUCAACUAGCAGCCGGCAUCGUAAGAAAAGGCAAUCACAAAAACAACUUUCAUUCGAUGUGGGCUUAUCAAAUCACCAAAAGAGAAAAUCGAGCAAAAAACAAUCAAAAUAUCGAUCACUUCGUUCGAUGCUUUACGGCCUGAAUAUGAAACAGUAA